GGGAUGAAAGGAACACAUGACCCCAAGCACAGAAAUUAACCACCAUGGCUGCAGCUUCUUCUUGUGCCUUCACCUUCCUGAUCAUCAUCUCUCUUCUCCUUCUCCACCCAAUCUCUUCCAACUCUUCUCCACUCCCACAAGAAGAUCCUGAAGAAUCUAUGCAUAUUAUCCCUAAAUCUGAUGUAGAUUUUCUUGAGUUUCCUCUAAAUUUAGAGUACUUGGAAGCUGAGUUCUUCCUGUGGGGAGCUUUGGGAUUUGGGUUAGAUAGAGUUGCUCCUAACUUAACCAUGGGAGGCCCAUCACCAAUCGGAGUAAGGCAGGCAAAUCUGAGUCCUUUCAUUAGGGAUAUCAUCACCCAGUUUGCCUUCCAGGAGAUUGGACAUUUAAGGGCCAUUAAGAAGACAGUUCCAGGAUUCCCAAGGCCAUUACUGGACUUGAGCGCCAGAUCCUUUGCUAAGAUCAUGGAUAAGGCUUUUGGACAUAGAUUGCAACCACCAUUUGAUCCUUAUGCCGAUGGACUCAACUUCCUAAUUGCUUCAUACCUUGUCCCUUAUGUUGGACUCACGGGAUACGUUGGAGCUAACCCUCACCUCAUUGCGGCUCCUUCUAAGAGGCUUGUUGCUGGCCUUCUCGGAGUGGAAUCAGCUCAAGAUGCCGUAAUUCGAACAUUGCUUUACGAAAAAGCUUCCAUGAGGGUACCUCCGUAUGAAAUCACAGUUGCAGAGUUCACUAGAAGGAUUUCAGAACUAAGGAACGAUCUAGGGCAUGUAGGCAUAAAAGAUGAAGGCAUUGUUGUUCCAACCAAGUUAGGUGCCGAAGGAAGACUAUCUGGCAAUACAAUUGCGGGUAAUAAGUAUUCUAUUUCAUAUUCAAGGACUCCUGAAGAAAUAUUGAGGAUUGUCUAUGGGAGUGGAGAUGAACAUGUACCUGGUGGUUUCUAUCCUAAAGGAGCUGAUGGUAGGAUUGCAAAGUCUCAUCUGCACAAUGCUUAAUGGCUCAGAGGUUAAGGAUUGGAGGAAAAAAGAACUUGAAUUCUAGGUGUCUCACCUAAAGAGAGAAUAAGUACGUUAGUUUAUUCCUAUUAAAAAAAAAUAAAUAAAAAAAAAAAAAACUACAUUAGUUUCUUUUCCAACUUGAUCUUGUGAGUUUAAUGUGGAUUGAUAAUUUUUAUUUCAGUUUCAUAACUUUUUCUUUUUUUUUAGAUAUAGGAUUCUUCUCUAUAUAGUUCAAAGAUUAGAGAGUGAUCCCAUGGUUGGGAUGACUUAGGAACACGUGUCUGGGUCUUUCCAAUUGUGGGAUCACUUUUCAAUCCCUAGACUCUAUGGAGUAUGGAGGAGCAAAACUCACAAAAAAGAAUUUGGGUAGAACUUGUAAAUUUUUGCGCAUAGUAAUGUAUUUCAUUGAAAAAUGUAGUCAUCUAAGGAUCUCAUCAAUCUGUUCCAUUCAUGGUUUGAGGUAUUGAUAUUGCUA